AAAGAGAUGAUGUGUCAAUAAAAGCAGCUGAUGUUGUUUUUCAUUGUGCAUUCAGGGAAGUACACUGCUGUGAAAGUGAGCUCAAGUGCAGCAAAGAUUAGCCCACAAGCCACAGCUUGCCUGGAAUCAAUAAAGUGCAAAGAUAAACAGCUGAUAUGCCUCACUGAUCAGGAUAAAGACACCCAUGAAGGUGCACGAAGGCAAAAGCAUAUACAAGUUUUAAUUUGAGCAAAAACACAGACAUCAAUGAAAUCAGCUGACUGCGAGCAUGACUCAUAACCGCUUAAGUAUUUGCACCAUUAGUAUCUAAAGAGUCGCUAGAGGGUGCACAUUGCACAAACUGCAUUAUGAAUAAGAUGCUUUAUUCUCUGAUAAUGGGCGGUAUGAGCCAGAAUCGGUUGGAAGUGUCUGUUAGCUAAGCUAGCUGGCAGUCGCUUAGAAGAAUGGAGGGGAAGGUUUAACGAAGUUAUCACUGCAUAGGAAAGGGAAAAUAAGGUAUAAUGGACUCCAAUAGUGAGGAUGGGAACUAUCAGAAUGGGCCUGCCUUCCAUCACGAUACAGCCCAGUACAGAGUUACAUAUCCUCAUGGGAGAAACACAAAAGAAGUGGGUCAUGAUAAAAAUGAGGAGUUCAACAAAAAGAGGUAUCCAGUGAGCCGCUCUGGUAACAAUCCAGGUAGACUGAAAAGGGUAGUGUCAUGUAAGAGGAAGACUCAUCAUCUGACGGUGGCUCGGAGGAAGCAGCUCGGGUCUGGGAGGAAUUACGAUGCUGCAAACAAGGAGAAUGAGAUGAACUGCUUGCAGGAUGCACAACAGGAAAUAUUUGACAUGGACCCACAGGAGUUCCCACUAAAUUUCAAUAAUAACCACAACACUGGUAGAACUGGUUCUGAACAAACAGACUAUUCUACACUCAGUGAGCUCACAAGAGAUCACAGCGCAAUGACUGAUGUGCUCUUUGGAAGAAAUCUGAGGCUGAAAGUAGCUUUAACACUGUGGCAGAGAAAUGUUGGAGAGCUGUUGACAUACUUCCUGAGAAUCCAAGACACUGGUGUGUUUGUUGAUUUUCUCCCCCUGAUAAGCAAAAGCAUUGACAAGGACUCUCCAAGGAUUACCAUUGGCUGUUGUGUUGACCUCCUUCCUCUGGUUAAGAAAGUCCUCACCAAUCCAUACGAAGAGUACCUUAUAGUCGGUUUAAACUGGAUAAAUUCAGUUUUGAAAAACUGGUGGGAGGAACUAAGCGCAAGUGGCUACAGUGGAUCAUCUAAACUGUUGUUAGAUAAGAAUUUCCAGGUCUUUAAUCAGCAGCUAUUGGAGUUAUGGUGUCAGGAACCUUUAUUGAAAUCUGUUCCUGGAGCUGCAGGAGACAUGGCAAAGGUCAUUGAUUCUUAUCUGUCUCAGCUUACCUGACAGCAAUGAAGAGCCAGACAACAGAUCUUUUUCUGGUAACAGCGCCACGGGAUAUACAUAUACAUAUAC